UGACGGCAGCAGACACACACUGAGACUGAUUGAGCACCGAACGACUCCCCAGCAACAUGCGUGUGUCCGUGCUGGUGCUGCUGGUGUGCGAGCAGCUGCUGGUGCUGACCUCUGCUCAGUCCCGGUGUGACCCCCUGACCCAGUAUGACCAGGCCGGCCAGUGCUGCACAAUGUGUGCUCCAGGAACCAGGAUGUUGAGUCCCAGCUUGUGUUUGACUCCUCAGUGCGCAGAGUGUGGACAACAUGAAUAUCAGAAUAGAUACAACACGGAGCCCCGGUGUAAACCUCAGCCGUACUGCGACCCGAAUAAAAACAUGGAGGAUUCCCAGCCAGCGAGCAAGAAGAAGCAAAGCACCUGCAGCUGCCUGCGUGGGUUCCACUGCUCCAGUGACGUGUGCGUCACCUGCGUACCGCACACAACCUGUAACCCAGGGCAACGGGCCAAGUCCAUAGGAAACCACACCCAGGACACCGUGUGUGAGAGCUGCCCCGAAGGCUCAUUCUCCGUCAGCACCUCGUGGAACAGUGUGUGUACAAAGUGGACAGAAUGUGAGAGUGGAUACCAGGUCCAGGAGAAGGGAACCCACGUGUCUGACAUGGUUUGUGUGGAAACUCCGCGAAACCAAGGGGGUCUGAUUGCAGCUGCUGCUGUGUUUGGCAGUGUAUUGAUUAUCAUUGUACUCGUGUGUUGUCUAUGCAGAGCAGGAGACACGAGACAAAGGGCAAAGGGCUGUCUGGAAUCAUGCCGCGGAGACCGGGAGAAGCUACCGAGGGAACCCAGCCCUCUGCUUUUCACUCAGGUCGACGAGACUGAGAACGAUCCUGAGCUGCAACUGUCCCAGGAGGACGAAGACAUGAAGAUACCAGAGGAGAACCUGGAGGGGGAGAGGGAGGAGCUGGUGUCGGAGGGCGUCCUCAGUGAGAACGGACAGUUUGUGACACAGGAGAGAGGCAAAGACUCCAUCCAGCCCCAGCAGGAGACACAAGCGCAGACCAGCAUGGACUGAAAAUCCUCAUUCUGAACAGUAUGUGGAUUGGAAUGUAAACGUUACGACUCAUAUUUCACUUGCACUUAAUUCUCCUUAUGUAAAUAUAUAUAUAUAUGUAUCACUUGGUGUCAGUAAUAGAAUUGAAGCUGCUGCAGUAGUGUCUAGGAUAUUAGAGCGUUGCAUGCUACGGGACUUUAAUGUAUUGGUUUAGUGGGUUUUGUAAUUUAUGGGCUGUUUUACAUGUGAUUGUGUUUCAGUUUUUACGUGUGUUCUCUCUCUCUUGUGUAUUAGAAUGUGUUUCCAAGUAUAAAAGUGUCAAUAAUAAAGUUAAUGCUUUGUGUACCAUAAAAA